AGCAGCCGGAGCCUUCUCAGCUGCUGCUGCGCCGGGCCCGGAGCCGGCCGAGGGGGCUGCAUCCGCAGCGGGGAGCCCACUGCCCACAGACCGUGCCCGAACCCGCCGCCGCCCUCCGAGGGCGCCCCAGACCGCGCCAUGGUGAAGGUGACGUUCAACUCGGCCCUGGCCCAGAAGGAGGCCAAGAAGGACGAACCCAAGAGCGGCGAGGAGGCGCUCAUCAUCCCCCCCGAUGCCGUCGCGGUGGACUGCAAGGACCCAGAUGAUGUGGUACCAGUUGGCCAAAGAAGAGCCUGGUGUUGGUGCAUGUGCUUUGGACUUGCAUUUAUGCUUGCAGGUGUCAUUCUAGGAGGAGCAUAUCUGUACAAAUAUUUUGCUCUUCAACCAGAUGACGUGUACUACUGUGGAAUAAAGUACAUCAAAGAUGAUGUCUUAAACAAGCCUUCUGCCGAUGCCCCCGCUGCUCGCUACCAGACAAUCGAAGAGAACAUUAAGAUCUUUGAAGAAGAUGAGGUUGAGUUCAUCAGUGUGCCUGUCCCAGAGUUCGCAGAUAGUGAUCCUGCCAACAUUGUCCACGACUUCAACAAGAAACUCACAGCCUACUUAGAUCUCAACCUGGAUAAGUGCUAUGUGAUCCCUCUGAACACUUCCAUUGUUAUGCCACCUAGAAACCUAUUGGAGUUGCUUAUUAACAUCAAGGCUGGAACCUAUCUGCCUCAGUCAUAUUUGAUUCAUGAGCACAUGGUUAUUACUGAUCGCAUUGAGAAUGUGGAUCACCUGGGUUUCUUUAUUUAUCGACUGUGUCAUGACAAGGAAACUUAUAAGCUGCAACGCAGAGAAACUAUUAAAGGUAUUCAGAAACGUGAAGCCAGCAAUUGUGUCACAAUUCGGCAUUUUGAAAACAAAUUUGCCGUGGAAACUUUAAUUUGUUCUUGAAUCGUCAAGAAAAUCAUUAUGGAGAAAAAUUUAAUACCACAGCAUAACCCCCCCCUUUGUAUUUUGUGCAGUGAUUAUUUUUAAAAAUCUUCUUUCAUGUAAGUAGCAAGGGCUUCACUAUCUUUUCAUCUCAUUAAUUCAAUUAAAACCAUUACCUUUAAAAAGAUCUUUUCUUCUUUCCAA